AUAAAACUCAUGAAUAACUCGUACACUAAAAUGAGAUAUUUCAAAGCAUACGUUUUGUAUGUAUUUCCUCUUGUUAUAUCAGAUCUUAACGGAUUUUCCCUCGAUGAUUUUCCGCAGGACUGUGGCAAAACAAGAUAUGCUGAUGAUGACAAAGCAGCUGGUAUUAUUAACGUCACGCAUGCAAAGUUGGGCGAAUUUCCAUGGAUAGCUAGGAUUGGAGUACAUGAUUUUAAAUCAAAGUUCUUUUAUUGCUCGGGAUCGCUGAUUCACCCGAGCUACGUACUUACUGCAGCUCAUUGUGGACAGCAGAGUAAUAUAGUCAGAUUGGGAGACAAUAACCUAAAUAAUGAGAAGGACUGCCAAGGCAAUAAGUGCGCUCCGCCAUAUCAAGACAUAGAUAUAGAUACGCAUUUAUUUUCCGCUCACUGUCGGGUCACGAACGUCAAUGAUAUGAGCAUACUGUCACUGAAGAAACCUGCUACAAUUAACGAAUUCGUGCGACCAAUCUGCGUUCCGAGAGAAACGUUAACACUAGACUAUCUUCGAAAACAGAGUAUUACUACUGUAGGAUGGGGCGUGACUUACUCGGGAUGGGGUGUGGUAGAUAGCAGCAAAUUUAGAAAAGAGAGAGACUUACAGUACGUCGAAGCACCUAUAGUAGACCGUGAUGAGUGCAAUAAAAACUACAUACGUAAGUUGAACGAGAACGAGCUUUGUGUGGGAUAUCCAGAAUGUGUCGAUGAUCCUUGCGUGGGAGAUUCUGGCGGCCCUUUAAUGGUGUCGAUGAAAACUAACGAAAACCCCGUGAUGCGAAAAUACAUAGUUGGGGUUGCUUCACAUAAUCUACAGUUGUGUCAAAAGGGUGAAGGUAGUCCUGUAAUGUAUACAGAUGUGUCCUCUUUUGUAGACUGGAUGGUGGACAAAAUUGACCUAGACAUUAGCUCCAAAUCCAAAUCCAAGUCUGCGAAGCAACGAUAAAAAUAUUUUUUCUGUUAACAAUAGCAAG